UGACACAUGGGGUCCCCAGUGCCUCCAGAGCUUCCUUAAGUGGUUAAUUCCCAUGGCCCUCGGGGCCUGAAAGCCUUCCUUCCACGUCAGAAGGUGCGUCCUCUCAUCUCUACCACUUUGAACAAACUUGUCUUUCUACGGUCCUUUAUUUUCAUUUAAGGUAAUCUCAUUACCAGUAAUGUGACCUCAGUUGCUUGCUUCUGUCUUGCCCUAUACAAUGUGAACCUCAGAAAGGCAUUUUUUAUUUCUGAAACGCAUAUCUCACUACUAGUCAGUGUGAGAUACGCUUGCGUCUGUGUCGCCCUAUACAACAAGAACCUGGUUUACGGGGAACAGCCCUUGCUGUUAUCCAGGACGGCCAGGAACAUUCGGACAUGUCAUCUCCCGCCUCAGACGUCGCGUCCGCGUCCAGCUGGACAGCGUUUCUUUGUUCGUUGCGCCAUUCCACCGCCAGCGCAAACAGACAAUCAGCACACCGUCGCAGGCUAGAACCAACUCUGCAAACUCCCGCCUGCAGUUUCCCGGCAUGCUCUAUGUCUCGCGUCCCUGUAAGGGCCAUCUGCGCGUGCGCGGCACGCGGAGCAUCCUGGGUAGCAAGCUCCCUUCCGGACUACAACUCCCACGGGGCUGUAGGGCGCCCGUCCGCUCCCCAGCAGGCCAACAGGUCGCGCUGGUGCGAGAAGAUGGCGGACGUGGCCGUGGGCAAGGAUAAGUGCGGGGAGCAGCGGCUGGUGUCGCUGCCCCUGUCCCGUAUCCGGGUCAUCAUGAAGAGCUCCCCCGAAGUGUCCAGUAUCAACCAAGAGGCGCUGGUGCUCACGGCCAAGGCCACGGAGCUCUUUGUUCAAUAUCUAGCAACCUAUUCCUACAGACAUGGCAGUGGAAAAGAAAGAAAAGCACUGACUUACAGUGAUUUAGCAAAUACUGCUGAGGAAUCAGAAACUUUUCAGUUUCUUGCAGGUAUUUAAUGUUUGAAACGUUCUGGUUUAAAAAUGCCGGGUAACAAGGCAUGAUGGUACACACCUAUAAUCCUAGCA